CCCCUACCAACCCUGUUACGCCCGGCUGCCUCGCGAGACGUCAUUCCUGUUGCACACAGCCUCACACAACCCAAACGCGACUCGUAGAUUUAUAUUAACCUAUUUUUACCAACACUCUUUAGAAUCACCGGAUUUUGACCACUCCUCCAUUCAGUACUUUUUUUCAUUCGCAACCCGAACUGUCUCCAAAUUCCAAAAAUUCGAUUUACACAUUCAUCAUGUCCAACGCUUCUUACCAGAGCUUCAUCAAAUCUCAGACUGAGCAGAGAUACCCGCCCUUUUCGGAGCAACUCUCUGCUUUGGAAACCCUCUUUUCCGAUCCAAGCGUCCCGGUUUCUGAAAUCGCAAAGAGAGCUGCUGAUCCUCUUGUCGUAGCGUACAACAAUGCUCCAAAUGGCAGCGGCCCUGAUGUCGCAAAAGCGGCACGCAUAAUGCACUCUCUCAACAUCGCAGUCAGAGAGCUUACAGAAUACAACGACAAAUUGGUUCAGUUGGUCUACGAAAUGCACAACAUUCCUGGUGAAGAAGAUGCUGGCAUAGUCUUCGGGUACUUCAACUCAGAAUGGACAGAAUUCGGCUCCGACUUCAAAUACCCCAGAGAAUCAGACCCAGCCCGUAGUGCCAAACUACAGGAAUGGAUCAACAUGAACUCCUUCUGCGCAAAGUUAUCCCUCAAGGGAGACUCCAAAGUCGACAGACGAUGGGACUCUGACUGGGUCUUUCGAUGCCCUCUUGAGCUGACCCCAUGGGACGACGACAAUUCUGACCUCCUCGAAAACAAGGAUCUGGAACUAGAAAAGUCAAGGGCUCAGUACGAGUAUCAGCUCGAGGAGCGCGAUAUCAAGUCACUGAACUUCUGGAUUCCAGGUGCUGUUGCCUGGAUCAAGAUCAACGGUCAAGGCAUCUACGACAUGACGGGGAACAUGUCCCGCGAGUACGAUUGGGUCAAGACGACCUGGAAGGGGCCAAAGGGUUGGUCGAAAGAGAGGUUUGGGUAUUGGCGAGAGCGGUUUGCGUGGGUCAGCACGGUUGAGACCCUUGAUGGUAGGACUAAGGAGGAUGCAAGAGAAGCCGCAAACAUCAUGAAGAACAUCGAAGAGAAUGCCGCCAAAGGUUCUUAACCAACCCUCCGAACAACGGUCUCUCUGGAAGCAACCUUUGUCAGGUUGAAAUCACUGUGUAUUGAACUUUCUCAAUUUCACAUAGAUAGCUCAUCUUACAACUGUUUCUUG